CAUUCCACUCAAGGUGGAGUACGACAGCAAUGUUAAUGCCUUUCUGUUUCACCCACAUUGCUGAGGUUUAUUCGGCUCGCAGCCCGUUCUCCCUGACCGGCCUCCUCCCGGACAACAGGAGCCGCAGCCGCAGCCCCCGUCUACCAUGGAGGGUCGGAUGGACAGUGCCAGAAAGAAAAGUAAGAACCCCAGCACAUCUUCAGAGGAACAGAAAAUGAGAGAGAGAGGACAAACAAAAAGAGAAAGGAAACGAAGCAGAAGUAGGUCCUCUUCCAUGACAUCAUCAUCAUCAUCAUCAAGUUCAUUAUCUUCGAGUUUGUCGUCAUCCUCAAGAAGUAGUAGCAGAUCAAGUAGUAGAGACUCCCAGAAACGGUCAAAAAUAAAGAAAAGGAAGAAAGAAAAACAACACAAAAAGAGAGGGAAAAAAGAGAAAAAGAAAAAGCAAAAGAAGAAAAAGACCGGGUGCUCUGGGCCUGUUCAGAUUUCUAAGUUUCUGAAAGAAAGGGACAAAAAUGAUAAAUACAGCGUGGUUUCAGGAAAGAAAAUAAAAAUGAAAGUUAAAAAGACCAAAGAUGAUAAAGAGAGAGACCGAAAUCGAGCUGAACUCCUUCAGUUCCUGAAUGCCGCAAUGUAAGGAAGAGGCGUGUCAAUGGGAUUUCUAAACCAUGAAAUACAGGAGUCUGUUAACAGCAUGAGCUUUGUCACUGAAGACUAAUGUGUUCGGUUUAUAGCUCAGGGAACACCUCUGCAAAAGUGAAUGCCAGAGACUUUCCUGUUACAGAUGUAAAAGUUGUGUUGAAAUAUGACUGUAUGAGUUUGCAUUAAAUAACAGAAACAAGACUGGCAUCCUUCAGGAUAUUUCUCAAUGUUUUACCAAAGCAGCCUUUGGAAAAUGUGUUCAUAAUAGCUCAGAUUGUUUCAUCACUCAGAAAACUGUCAUGUUAGGUAGAAUUUCUAGUUCAGGCAAUAUUUACAAAAAUGUAUAUAUUUCAAGGUUCUGAGAACAUGUAAUUUUAACAAUAAUUAUAAUGGUAAUACAGUUUAACACUUGAUGAGUCAUCCCAGAGGAGCACCUUCAAACUCGGGUAAAACAGAUCUUUCUAUUAGCUGAGGAGGCCCACUUUGCUACUUGAAUGCACCUCUAUGUAACCCGAUAUGCCUACAAAUGCUUCUAACACUUAUUACUUACCGUUUUUCAGAUUCAAAUGCCAAAUAAAGAACCCACAGUUAAGGAGUUAAAAAAAUCUUUAUUCAAUUUGUUCAUAGUUUACAUUGUAUUGGCCUUGAGAAAGACUGAGAUUUAGCACUGGAAAAACUCCGUAAUCUUUCUCUGCUUAAUGUACUGUUUCCGGACGUGCACGAUACAAUCCGCCAUGCCCUCAAUGUAGUCAAACCUGUUUUCAUGCUGCAGUGCAAAAUCCAAGAACAUCUCUUAAGGUCUUCAUGCCAUCGGCCAGGGAAACAGGCAGGCUAGUGGGUGAGCAUUCAUCAGAAUCUUCAGGGUCAUCGGCCUCCUUGACCUCCUCAGCUGCAGAAUGUAGUGCAUCUACAAAGGCAGCAUCUUUUAAUUCUGUCAUGCAUCGUGCUGCAUCGUCCACCUCUGCAUAAGUUUCCAUUGUUGCCUCUGCCAGAAUUUCCAUACCGGCCUCCCGCAGAUGAGCAAAAAGUAACUUGUCAUUGGGUUGGUUGGCAUCACCCACCUCAUCUUCAUUCUCAUUGUCUUGUGCAGCUGUAACCUGUUUGAACUCAGCAUGGCUGAAUCAGUUUGCAAUCGUGGCUUCCUUCACCAUUUUCCAAGCCUUUUUCAUAAUCAACAUGGCCUCUAGUACAGUGGGCCUGUAGUCCUGCUUAUCAAUGGCCUUGAUAAGCUGAGAGAUUAGCUGCUAUCGGUAGUGAGUUUUCAAGUUCCUAAUCAUUCCCUAUCCAUUGGAUGGAGUUUGGCUGUGGAGUUGAGGCAAGAAAGCUAGCUAGACAUUCUUCAGACCAGCGAUGUUGGGGUGUGUGGGGCUAUUGUCUAUGAUGAUGGCAGUCUUUUUCUUUUGUUGAUACAUAUGGACGAACACACGAAUUAGGAGCAGGAGUAGGCAGUUUUAUUUGUCUUGUACUGUAUAGGUAGUGCCUUGACUUUGGCAAAGCACCGUGGCUUCUUAAACUUCUAUCAUGAGAAGCAGCAACUUUUUCAUGCCAUCCAUGCUGGCAAAGACCAAAGCAGUGACGCAUUCUAUGCUCUGCUUUCCAACAUUAUACAUCCCCCAUUACACAACAUACUUAAACAUCAAAGAGCACCUGGCAACAGAUGGUAAAACAGUCUGGUUUUAUCCGCGUUAAAAAUGUCUCUGUGCAUACUUGUUCAAAACUUGGAUGACACUAUUUUGGAUCUAAUCAUCUGUCAUUGCUGUCAUAACCGGCACAAUCCUCAUCACUUACCAACCGAAAGACGAUGACAUGCCUUGUCUUGAAUUGGUCCAGCCAUCCAUCGCUGCAGGUGAACUCCAUGUAUCCCAUCUUCUUCAUGGUGACUUCCCUUUCCUGCAGGUUUGGGCUGCAAAUGGACACAUUCUCUGCUUGGGGGUGCUUUGAAUCAAGCUUCUUCGACAUAGGGUUAGGUGGCUGUUCUCAUCCUCUUCCUUGCUGGAGAGAAUGCCUGUUUGUUAAACUGUUCCAAGGUGUUCUCUUUGGCUUUCAGAAGAGUGAACAAGCUUGAUGGUGGAAUCUCCCACUCUUUUGUGAUUUCCGCUUCAUGCCAUGCUUUCCCACUUGCUCCAUUAACUUCACCUUCUCUCCAAUUGACAACACUUUUAACUUUCUCACAGGUUUCACCAUACUCCCAUUCUUUGCAAGUUGCUCCACAGAGAAAUUUGAGUGCACUUAGGUCUAACUACUCUGCUCUGGUCGACGCAGUCACAAGACCCCUAAUUUCAGUGCUAUUUCUCUUGCCAAAGAUCUGCUAACAAGGAUCAACCGUUGUGGAAUUUUGGGUAAGCACAGGCAUUGUUCUAUUGCUUUUGCUAUCCUGUCAGCAGGAAUGGUUGGCAACUUUGAUACACGCAGAAUUUCAAGUCAUCAGAGUUUGACUCUUCGUGGUUUCACUGUAAUAGAGGCAUAGGAUUUUGCUUCAUUUGCAAAUAUGCCAUCUGGCUGUAGAGUUUAAAAUGCUGCAAUGAAGUGUCUCUGAGAAACCCUCCAUAACUAGUGAUUAGCGUUAUAAGUUAAGAAUUGCCAGCACAAAAAUUGCAAAGAUUAAGAAAGUAAAUGUAUUAACCUCUUCCUGUUUACAAACAAAACUAUUUUACAACAGUACAUAAACCUACUGCAUUCAAUCUGUAUAUUAAAAUCUUCUGGAAAAA